AGGUGUGACCCCUUGCUUGUGUCAGUGUCGGGAGAGCCGUCUUCCCGUAAGCUCGUUCCUCUCGGGGAGUCGGGUUGGAAAAUUUGUCCGUGAAGCCGGGUUCACUUGUCCGAAAGUAGGGUUCAUUAAAUUAUAAAAAAAAUCUAUAAUUUGUCCAAAAUUCGUGAUUACCAAAUUAAUAAAAAAUCGGGUCGGUUAACCCUGUCAGGGAGCCAGGAUAACUGGCGUAGGAGUCAGGUCCACUUCAGUGCGCUCUCCUGCCGCAACACACAGCAGUCAUCCCCCACGCGUCCACACAUAGACACAUCACUCCUAAACCCGUGGACUCACGUUCCUACUCCAAGACACCUUCGCGGCCGUUCUCCCAACUAUACAAGCGCCUCGUACGAAUGUAAUCUCAUUAGUAAUAAACCGGUAAAUCUGUAUGGGCGUACGAACUAGCCUACAGACUUGUGACACAAACAUUCUUGCGGGUGUACUGUACACUUGUGCCACAAGAUAAAGAAUUGCACCCUCUCAACAGGCAACAGAAAAAAAACAUUUUACCGUUGGCGUAUAUAAGAAAAUCAACAGGAGCUUCGGGCUGCUGCUAACAUCAGGUGUGCUGAUUACCCCACAAAAAGUUCGUAAUGGGGAGCACUGAGGAGAUCACAAAGCUUCGUUCUGUGAAGAAAAAGCUUGAACUUGAUUCUGAUGAGUCAGAUUCUAAAUCAGAUUCCAAAAAUGGCUCUGGAGCGACUAGCCCUGAUCCACUGGAGCAUGGAAUUGAUGAUGAUCUAAAGCCCCUCCGUGGAGGGGAAGCAAAAUCAAUUGCGAGUGACACAGACAGUGAAAAUGAAGGAGCCUGUAAACCCAGAGAAAAGCCUCAAACAGGAUUAGAUGUUCAAAGUGCUCGAAGUUGGGCUGAGAGUGAAAGCUCAUCAGAAAGUGGGAAGUCCCCAACCUCGGAGCACAGCAAAAGACAGCGGACCAUAAGUCAGUCAUCUCCAGUCCACAACUUCAUCUUCCCAGGAGUUGCAGCAUCUCCACCCAAGUUUAUGUCCCUAGAAGAGGUGAUGAAGGCUGCCAAAGGAGUCAGUAACAUGGUUCUUGCUCAUGAGAUUGCUGUGGACAAGAACUUCAAAUUGGAGAAGUUUGAUCCCCCUGACAACAGUGUUGAGAAGCAGGUAAGAGAUGUGAUGCACAAAGCUUUUUGGGACCAGCUGGCUGAACAGCUGUCUCAAGACCCGCCAUGCUAUGACCAGGCACUAGUUCUACUGCAGGAGGUUCGGGAAAACCUACUAGAUAUUACACUCCCCCAUCACACUCGUCUCCGACAAGAAAUUUCAGAUACCCUUGAUGUGGAGCUUAUUAAACAGCAGACAGAGCAUGGGGUACUUGAUUUUAGCCAGUACUCUCAGUAUGUACUUUCUAUUAUGGCUCGUCUAUGUGCUCCCGUGCGAGAUGAGACCAUCCGAAAUAUGAUGAGAGAAACUGAUGCUGUGUUAGUGUUCCGUGGUGUGAUGGAGACCCUGGACCUUAUGCGCCUUGAUAUGGCCAACUUCACUAUACAGCAAAUUAGGCCCCAUAUUAUUGCACAGAGUGUGACUUAUGAGAAAAGAAAGUUUGCAGAGUUUCUCAAGACGCAGAAUGAUGGUUUAGAGUUGACAAGAGCAUGGCUGUUGAGCCAUAUUAGACCGGAAGACCUGGCUGUAACAGAUGAGAUGGCAAUGAGGGGAGUUGUUAACUCUGUCAUUACUCGAUCGUACCUGGCACUCCUUUCCUGGCCUGAUGAAAAAAUAUUACCAGAGACUGUUGUGCUGGAUGGAAGCAGAAUACUGGAAUUAAGAGAUCGUCUAAGUCAAGUGUGCAUUCUUGGUUCUGUGAUCCUUGUAACUUUAUCAUCCGUGGGUCCCAUGAUCACCCAGCCUGAUGCCUUCAAACUCAAACUGAAGCGUAAUCUGUGCAUAAUAUUGGAUCCAGCAUUAUCUGACAAAGAGACUAUGGCAUUGAUGGACAACAUUGUAGAGCAGGUAGUUAAAGAAGUUGAUGACCAUCUUAUAGAGCAUGAGAAACCACCGCUCCCAGCAUCAGCAAAGACAGCUUUAAAGUCCCAAGUUCUGGAGAUUAAGAAUCCAGAUCAUCGCAUAAGAUCAUUAAUAUUGAAGAGAUCAAUGGAGUUCCUUGGAAUUCUGAUGAGUUCAACUACUGCCCGGCCAGUCCAGAUACCUCCUGGCCUCUCAAGCUUGCAGGAGGAACUAGCUCACAUCUGUGGUACAUUACUUCGACUUGUCACACACAACAGAAAUGUGUUUGGCGAGUAUUAUGCAGAUAUAAUAAUGAAUCAUAUAAAGGCUCACAAAGAACUCUCAGAAAGUGAUGAGAAGAAAGUUGAAGAGGUAGAAGGUAAUACUGAAGCUAGAAGUGAAGUUGAUAAGUAAAAAAAAGUGUUGAAAAUUACUCAAAGGAAAUUUAUUUCUAGCAGACUUCUCUGUUUGUCUAUUACUGGGGAAACAUGUUUGCAGUGUUACUUUUAAACUGUUAAUUGUUGCUGAGGAGUUGGUUCAUAAAUGUGGGUGUAUAUAUAAACUUUAGUGCAAAGUGCAGUGUUACAGAGAAACUUUUUAACCUAUUAAUAUUAAAUAUUGUUCUCUUGUCAACAGAAUCUGGCAUCCAACGGAGUUUAUCAUUGUCUGGGAUGCUGCUGUGGUUCUGUUACUUGUAGAAAAGUAUACAUAUAUGUGUGCAUAUGUAUAUAUAGUAUAUACAUGCAUAAUUUUUUUUUCUGCCUGUAUUGUCAUACAUGGUUGCUGAAGUACAAGAUAGAAUGCACAUAUUGUAGUGGAUUUAUACACCUUUUGCAGUUUGCAUCAUUGAUGUUUUCAAGGUCAUGUUUUUCUAAGCAUUCGUUGACAACCCUGUGAUGAUCAAUAUUUAUUCCAGUGCAGAAUUAUCGAAUAACUCCUAUAUAAUCUUUAUUGGUGUUUAACAUUAUUAACAAGCUAUUAUUUAUCUUUUUUUGUUCCUGUAUUUGGCUGUUUUUUCUUUAUACACAUCAUCCAUCUCCCACCAAGGUAUGGUGACCUAAUAAAAGAAAAACACAUUCAUAUUUGUGCAGUAGCAGUCAUGCCAGAGUGUGCAGACAUCACAAUUUAUCCACCCUACCUUCAGAGUGAAGGCACCGAACUUCUCACCUCAAAGACUAACAGCACGUCAUGCCAUGAUAACCACUUGUCUCCACCUGUACCUAACAGUCAAGUGUUGAAGUUAGUUUGGCCAAGGAAAUUGAAAGGAAGAAGCUUUCGUACCUAAAAUGGCCAUUCGGUAAAAUGUUUCUAUUUAUGAAUGAAUAUAAAAACAAGAAUAAGUGAUAUAAAUACUUGUAGCUUUGGUAUAAUUAAUUUUUUUUAAAGGGAUAAUAGUUUAGGAUUUGUUUUUGUGUAUGAAGGUCUCACUGCAAGGUCAUGACUAUUUUAUUUUUAUUCAUGGGGAAGUGCUAAACCUAUUAAUAAGGGUCAAACACUGUCUGAGGAAUGGAAGGCAUUUGGAUAUGAUUCAAGGACAUAACUAUGGCCAGUUUCAAGGGUCUAUUCUCCCACAGCCCAACUUCAGGGGAACAGUAGCUCCAGUUCCUUGAACCAAGAGCCCUUUGACAGUAUCAAGGCAUCCUCCUUAAAAGGAGAAUGAGAAAGAAAAGCAGAUACAGUCCAUUUUUAGAGAAUCGGCACUGUCCAUAUUCUGUGACAUGUUAUGGUAUUUUCCUUUUACCUUUAACUUUUUUGGAGAGGAAAAGAAAGUACGUAAAUGGAAGAGCUGUUCCAGUUAUUUUAUCAGAGUAUUAUGGUCUCUCAACUACAUGUGGGUCAUCAUGGCUGCAAUCCACUUGUACACUAAUAUCAGUCAUACAUUAAUCUCUAAGAUAGAAUUAAACUUAUGUAAAUACACAGGUACAACUGCUUAUUGCAAAACAAGCUGAGCUCAUAUGGGUCAUUCAAAUAUCCUUUAUACUCCCGUUUAACAUCUGCUACACAUAAAUGUAAGUUGUCAGUUUUCAUACUAUAUACGUAUUCGAAAAAAUAUGCUCCUACAGUACUAAACAUAAUUUAGCUAAAACUAAUACAUAUACCAUUUUAACAGUAUUCUUUAAAGAUACUUAAUAAUUUUUAUGAUGCAUUAAAUAUGUUCACAUCUUACAAGUUGUAUUAGCUUAACAAAUAUUAGCUAUUAAAAUGGUAAUAGGAGAGGUACAACAGAUGGUUAAUUUUGUUCAUUUGUAACAUAAAAAAGGGAGGAUAUUUACAGUACCAUAGUUUUGUGAAUUUAAUUAUAUUCACAAAGUGCUAAAUCAUAUGGGCCAGUGCUGUGGUUUGUGUACAAUAUCAUUAUGAUCAUUACACAUUAUCAGAAAUAAGCACCAACCAUUUUAUGUAUAUUUGUAUACAUGUUAGAGAAGGACCUUUUGACAAUUAAUAUCAGAAAAUAAGGCAAACAAAUUUAAUUCGUAGUUAAAAUAUUAUGAUACUGUACACUAUUUGUAUUUUUGAAUCUCAUUCAUAAUGCUGUUAGUUCUUCCAUUCGGUUAUCACUUAUCUAAAGGGAUGUUCGACCUAGAACUAGCACAUUCAUGCCUUCUCUAUUUAUUUAUCUUUUCUAUUUUUUCUUGCACUGACCUUUUUAAAAGGAGCAUGGGAGAUGACGGCAAAGUUAAGAAUUAAGAUGAUAAUGAUGGGGAAGAAUUAUUAUUGCCGUAUAUUCACAAGCUGGAUGACAAGAUAGAAAUGUAUAGUACUGUAGUAUAUAAACAGAAGAUGAUGAUUGUAUAUUGUAGUAUUUUUAGAUUCCUGUGAGUAUUUCUACCCAUGUAAUGGGUGACAUACUUUAAUGCAAUACUUUAUGAGUAGAUGAAUCCUUUGUAUUAUUAUAUACUGAGUUCUGCAGGGAAACUCUUUGUAACUAAUGUUGAAUGUCUUUCAUUUUGACAGAUUACCACUUAUAUAACCUCAUUAUUAUUAUUAUUAAAUUCAUGGGUGGAGCACUAAACCCCUAGGGGAUCACACAGUAUUGGGGGAAAGGAGAAGUAAUGAAGUUUGAUCUAAGGAAAGAGUGGAUUGGCUCAAUUCCUUGGAUUAAGAGCCUUUCACCGGCAUUAAGUGUCGUCCUUUGUGAAGAUGUACAACCCCAGACAACUAUAUACAGUGGUACCUCAAGUUACAAACUUAAUUCGUUCCAGAAGGCUGUUCAAGUGCUGGUACCGAAUGAAUUUGUUCCCAUAAGGAAUAAUGUAAAUUAGAUUAGUCCUUCUCAGACCCCCAAAAAUACACUUACAAAAGCACUUACAAAAAUACACUUACCAAAUUGUUCAAGUUGGGAGCUGUUUGAAACUCAAGGUACCACUGUAUAUUUAAUUCUGUAAUACUUUUGGAAUGCGACAUAUAAUUUUGUAUUACUUUUGGAAUGCGACAUAUAAUUUUGUAUUACUUUUGGAAUGCGACAUAUAAUUUUGUAUUGGCCAGGUCUAUGGUUAUAUUAUUGGCUUCAUGCAUGUCGUAUACCUGGAGAGGGUUUUGGGGGUCAGUGCCCCCACAGCCCAGUCUGAGACCAGGCCUCAUAUACCUGUACUUUUUAAAAGAUGGUAAAAUACUAGUUAAAACUAGUGGAUGAAGCCUCAGGAUCAACUAUAUUGAGUAUUAGGAGGAAUAGGAGGCAAUUAGGUUCUGUCCAAUUAAGGAAAAUGUUGUGGGCAAUUCCUUGGAUCAAGAGCCCCUCACUAAGGAACCUCCCCUGGGGGAUGAUGGGGUAUAUUAGGAGUUGAUAGCCAGUUGUAGGAAUUGAGAAUUCAU